AUGGGUUGCAUGAUUAAAGUCCUAUAAAAUACAGCAUCAAAACAAUACAACCUAACCAUCUCCCAAUAAUAAUAUUAAGGCCUGUAUUCAUCAUAUAAAAAUCCAUAAGUAAACAUAAUCUUAACUUUUUUCAACCUGUGUCUUGAAUGGAUUAUCAUAGCACAAACAAAUAAUGGAAAAGAGGUUAAAACUGUGAGCAACAUCAAGAGGCUAAGCAACUAAAUCUAUUCUAACUAAGAAGAAUUACCACAUUGUAGGCUAAGAUCUAUCAGUGAAUAAGAUUUAUCUUUCUCUAGCUAGAAACAAGUAAAGCUUGAUAGGCAUACCUCAAGGAGAAUAGAAUAAAAAGCUGUUAUAAAAAUAUAAAUCAAAGAUAGGUAUCCCAUAUAUAUUGAUUAUUUAAAAGAUAUCCUCUUAAAGAUAAAGCAAAAUGCUAAAAUUAUUGCAAUUAAUAAAAAUAAAAAUAUAGGAACCAUAAAGAGAAGCAAGAGAUACUAAUAUCCAAUAGAUGUUGAAUAAGAUUUAUAUUCAGAUAUUAAACAGCUUAAAGAAAAGAACUGA